AUGCAAGGCCUUGAAGUUAGCCUCAAUCCACGACGUGCUUUUUCCUCCCGUCGUUUGAAGGUGACCAAGAUUAUGUGGAACCCUUUGCAUCCUCUUCCCGCGCCGCCUGACUUUGGCGAGGACGUCCUCACAGAUGUCGUGGAACGAGAGUUUUAUGCACGAUGUUCCCCGUAUAAACGCCCCCGGUUCCUACGACAAGCAGAAACGAACAAGAACGAUAGGCUUAUUUCUGAACAGUCGGCACGAUUUGUUACGAUUGAAGACGAGAAGCGUAUUUCCGAUACGAAACCGGUCAUUGACGAGAAGAAAGACAUAGAUGUCGAAGCAAACGCUACCGCUACCGAGGAGUUGUCGCAAAGAACGGAAACGUCUGAUACAGAUCACAGGUACGACGAAUCGCUGCUCAAAGCGCUGCACAACGCGUACCUCAACCUUUGGUGGACAGCUGGCUUUUUGACUCUCGUCGGCACCAUGCUAAACACACAAGCCGCUCGUGAACAAAUGAUCGACAAACCCAAGGGUGUCGGAUAUGGAGUUGGGCUUGCGUUCGCGCUAUGUCAUGCAAGAGGCCUCCAGUCUGGUAAUAUAUCCUCUCAUCGUACAUGUGACUACUCGCUUAAAUUAUUGGUACCAUUAUGCCUCAGCGCUAGAGCGCGGCUGGAACAUAGCAUGGGCAACAUCACGACCAUGAUCUCUACAGAUGCAACCCGUCUGAAGAAGAACAGGUACUAUGCUCACAAUCUGUGGAUCGCUCCUUUACAGAUCAUUAUUGGAGUAGCUCUUCGGUUAAAAGCUCUGGGUUAUUCUGGACUCGUCGGUUUCAGUGUCAUGAUCCUCGGCCUCCCUGCGGAGUUGAUUUGCGCGUUUGCCUUGUUUAAGCAGUGUAGCAUGGGUGUUGUGCUGACGGACAAGCGUGUGCGGGCCAUCAUCGAGGUUCUAUUAGGCAUUCGGCUCAUCAAAUUCUUUUCAUGGGAAGGCUUUUUCGCACACAAGGCCUCUACUACUGGGCAGAAGGAAGUACACCGGAUCACCUACGCCUUGAGCGGCCACACUUUGAAUGUCUCGAUCAUCUUCACGUCGCUGCAGUUUCUCAACGUACAUCGGCAUCAUCGCGUUCAUCUGGCCAACCCAUCAGACUUUACAGAUCAUUCAGAUGCCGCUGAUAACCCUACCGAUCGUCCUCGCACACGCCACGGACUCCGUCGUCGCUCUAAAGCGUAUCCCCAAAUUUCUCCUAAUGUCGAGGGCGACUUUACCUGGGACACAGCGCACAAGCCUGCAGAAGAGAACAUUUCAGACACGAAUGCGAAUGCAUGGAACAGACUUCCUGAGCGCCUUCCCCCGCCUCGAAAACCCGAGCGUCGAUUUCGUUGUCUGGGAAAGCGCAAGAAGGAUUCGCGUGAUAAUAAGGGCGAGCUCGGCCAGGCUCCUCAGGAAGGCGCGGCCAGCGCUGCUGAUGAUGGGAAGAAGAACGAGAAGCCCUUCGAGUUGAAAGGCUUACUCAAGUCCCGAAAGGAUAUUUUGUUGCUAUCCGGCUCUGGAAAGAGCUCUCUGCUGCAUGCGUUGAUCGGUGAGAUGCGGAGAGUCAGCGGUCAUGCCAUGUUCUCUUCGCAGAUAGCCUAUGUCCCUCAGACUCCGUGGAUCAUCAACGCCACGACAGAACAUCACCUUUGGCCAGCCGGAUGA